GUGCCACUAACCGGGACUCAUGAGUCAGACGAGAGAGAACACACAUCAACUCUAUCACAGUCUUCCGUAUAUUUUCAGGCCAUCGUUGCAUGCACUUGAAGCAGAGCCAUUGGAAAUGGAGAGCCUGCAGGAGCUGAUCCCCUUCGCCAAAGAGAUGCUGAGUCAGAAACCAAACCGCGGCCUGUUAAAGGUCUACCUGGUGGGCUCCGUGUUUGCCGUGCUGGGGACGGUCAUCGGCCUGGUGGGGGCUGUGUGUCAACCUUUCUGCCCAGGUGAACAGAUGGACGCUGAGAUGAUCCUCAUGUUGGCCAGGGAGCAGAGAACUGUGGAGUCUGCUUUGCAGCAGAGAGUGGAGGGAAAAGAGGAGGAGGAGGAGGAGGAGAAAGAGGAGGAGCUGGCCACAAUCCAGAACAAGACUCACUCCAAGACUCACAGUCUCAGCCAGCGGAACAUUUCCAACAGGCUGCAUGCUUCAUGAGCCAGCAGACCCCAAAAGACUCCAUAUAUUUAUUAGGGAGCUGCUGCUGCUACAGCACUAAGGUGUCCAACAAGUGUCUACAGCUUUAAACACAGCUAAAUGUGAAGUUUGUGAGCUGCCUGCCAUUCACUGCUGCUUCUUAAUGAGGCCUUUAUGUGCUGGGGAAGUCUGUCUAAAUGCAUUGGACAAAAAUUACAGAGAUUUCAAGGCUAAAAUGCAGGCAUAGGAAUGCAAAAAAUGUAUUUAUUGUGUCCUUAUAGUGAUAUAUAUAACUCAAUAAUGUUACAAGCUAAAAAUGAUCAUGAACGGCUUUCGGAUGUGGACAAAUUUUAAAAAGUUAAACUGACAGAGUGAACCAAAUUCAUCCAUAGAAUUGAUAAAUGUGGUACAGUAGAUUUUUAAACAAUUUUUCCAGAAAAUUCAGACUCAAAACAUUGUAGUCUGGAAUUACUGAGGUGUACCUGAAGGUGGCAUGUGGCCAUGUUAAGCUGCUGUGUAGCGCCCUCUGUUGUCUAAUGUAUGAAUUAGAUCUGCUUCUGUGCUUACAUGCUGUGUUAAAGCAGCUGAAGAUUGUUGUUAAUAUUGCACUUUAUGAAUUGAAAAUGUUGUAAAUAUGCAUUUUUUCAUACCAUUAAAGUUCUUUUUAUUUAUUAA